AUUUGCGUUUCCUAGUCCAUUUAAUAUUCACACGGGAUGAAGUCACUGGAUGCAUUGAAAGGAAUUUAAGUAAACUUGGUCCGCCACAUAUCAUCUGUUGUUUUGUUCUGGAAUUGCUUAUUCAUGCACGUCACUUGUCACAAUGAAUCAACAAACAAAGCUUUGAUGAACAUAAGAACAAUUCACUCUUCCAAUACUGAUAUAAGAGCGAUAAAAUGCUCGAUUCUUUACCAAGUUUCCUCUUCCAGCCCAGGAAUACCCCAUCACUACUUCCAAGCUCAUUACCCAAAAGAUUAUCAAUAUGUGCGUCUAUGGACGAGUCGUUUUCCAAUGCGCCCACGAGCGAUGGGGCAUCUGUGUGAAGCGAUGCCAAACGGCCAAAGACUUCCACGACGGAAAAUUAAAUCAUGACUGUGUCAUGAAGAAGCCUCAUGUACCGACUUCGCGGAGAGUACAGACGGAUUGCAACAAAUGUACCACGAUGAAUGGCAAACUCGUCAGGGCAAGGAAGAGCAUUGACGACGUUAAACAAAAGCUGAAGAGAAUAGAAGAGAGGAAGAUCAGAGAAAGAAAGAUCGAUAACAGGAAGACAGAGAAGAGUAAUAUUGAAAAAAGGGAUAGUAACGAAACGGACUCUUCGGGUUUUGGAACGGGACUUGGGAGUAUUACUGAGGAGAGUGAGGAUGAGGAUAAGUCUACGAAUGAUGGAACAAGUCAAAGCGGUUCACAAGUCUCCAAGACUUCAAGAAGUGCAUAAAACAGUAAAACCGAAUUAUCAACUGUCAGAAGAUAGCGAGGAGCCCUUUAAUGUUUUCAACGAAAGCCAGCAACUCGUCUGACUUCCCUCAAGUGUCUCGAGUGUACGAUAACAAAACCCCGAAAUUUAUCUGCACCCAUUCACUUAUGAUUCUAUAUACGUAAAGCCUAGAACAUCACAGCCGACUCUGCUAUCAUUGCCAACGU